AUGAAAUUCCUAGGCAUCGCGCUUGCCUUCGUGCUUGUUGCUGGACUGAUAAACACCACGGUUGCUCAAGACGGUGACAGUAAAGUGCCUCACGUUCGAGUCCGCCGGGGUUUCGGUUGCCCUGUAUUCCAGGGUAAUUGCCACACCCACUGCCGUAGCAUCGGUCGUCUUGGAGGCUAUUGCGCCGGGACCUUCAAGCUGACCUGCACUUGCUACCGCAACUAGAUAACAAGGAAGGCG